GAGUAGAUUUUCUUGCAAACAACGGGCGGACAUCUUUGAUGCGGUAUCCAGAUCUUAUAAAUCUUCGAUAUUGAUUCAUUUUGUUAUCUAGGUAGCUAGCGAAGCUAAGCUAACCAAUCACUACGAAUAUUAGAUUGCAGUAAAAUCACAUGCCCCACAGUCUUUUUUGAAAUCAUAACAUAGUAAUGUCUGGAAGCGCAGGAGAAUGGUGUCUUAUGGAAAGUGAUCCUGGUGUUUUCACAGAAUUGAUCAAAGGUUUUGAUGGGCAACUUUGAUGGAGGUGGGGGCACAAAAAACGGAACUCGUCAUGAGAGGCCGCAUAUCCAUAUCCCCGUGACAGCUAAGAUGCAUUUCAUUUCUAAAGUUAAUUUCCUGCAAUUCUACACAUUUUGCCAUUGGGCGGAGAAGAUUUUGCAAUUUUAUAACUAAUUUAAUGCAAUUUUACUCAUUUUGCUAUAGGGCGGAGGCAAAUGUUUCCAGUUUUUAAUGACAACUGAUGAUCACCCUGUUCGGUAAUUCAUUCAACCUUGCUUACUACAAGUUUAGACAGGUUGUAAAGGAGCUCAGGUAGAAGAAAUAUGGAGUAUGGAACCAGAGAAUUUUGAAAACCUCAAACCAGUUCAUGGGUUGAUCUUCCUGUUCAAGUGGCAACCAGGUGAGGAGCCGGGAGGAUCUAUCGUUCAGGAUUCAAGGCUUGACAACAUCUUCUUUGCCAAGCAGGUGAUAAACAAUGCAUGUGCUACCCAGGCCAUUGUGAGCGUGCUGCUGAACUGUACCCACUCUGACAUGCUGUUGGGAGAGACACUCACAGAGUUCAGAGAGUUUUCACUCAGCUUUGAUGCAGCUAUGAAAGGUCUGGCUCUCAGCAACUCUGAAGUUAUUCGACAAGUUCACAACAGCUUUGCCAGACAGCAGAUGUUUGAGUUUGACGCCAAGUCUUCUGCAAAGGAUGAGGAUGCGUUCCACUUUGUGAGCUACGUCCCUGUCAACGGCAGGCUCUAUGAGCUGGACGGCCUACGUGAAGGACCCAUCGACCUCGGUGUGUGCAACCAGGACGAUUGGAUCAACGCAGUUCGGCCAGUGAUUGAGAAAAGAAUACAGAAGUACAGUGAGGGAGAGAUCCGCUUCAACCUGAUGGCCAUUGUGUCCGACAGGAAGAUGAUUUACGAGAGGAAGAUAGCCGAACUGCAGAUCCAGCUAACAGAGGAAGAGCCAAUGGACACAGACCAGAGCAGCACCCUCCUCAGCUCCCUUCAAUCAGAAAUUGCAAAGUAUCAGCUGCUGAUCGAUGAGGAGAAUCAGAAGCUCCAACGAUACAAGAUCGAAAACAUUCGACGAAAGCACAACUACCUACCCUUCAUCAUGGAACUGCUGAAGACACUGGCUGAAUACCAGCAGUUAAUACCAUUGGUGGAAAAGGCAAAAGAGAAGCAGAGUGCCAAAAAAGUCCAGGAAGCAAAGUGACCCCACAAACACGCACUUGUCAGUCAUCUUAUUCAUGUGAAAUGCCAUGGACCCUUUCCCCACAAUUGUAUCCUGUGAACCCCCCCUUGCCCCCGCCAGACAUGAGCACAUGUGGUGGGACAGAGAACUGUGUUCACUAUCCCACCCAGGUCUACCUUUCAGCUGUAAUGCAUGCCUGGAAAGAUAUGUUUAAAUGGGCUUGUCUUAUUUUCAUAAUAAAAUGUUUAGAUGUUCGAA